CACUAUUCCAUUCCCCGAAGGUUCUCAUCUCAUCAUCCUGCCUGGUCAUCGUUACCCCCGCCAUCUUCACAAAUGGAGUCGGUCAGAUCCACGAAGUCUUCCGCGCAGGGUGAUUGGUCGCCAGCAGCUACCCCGGCCGAGCGACGCAAGCUCCAGAAUCGAAUUAAUCAGAGACUAUACCGGCAACGCCAGCGCAGCAAACAGCCCGAAAAGCAGAACUCCUCGCGGUGGAAAAAGAUCGGCUCGCUAGUGGACGAAGGGAAUCACCGGUCAAAAUUGAGCAAUAUUACAACACACGCCUGCGUCCUGCCUCCCAGGGGUCCUUGGAUACCAGCGAUCCACAACUGCAGCAUUGCUCCCGCCGGCGCACGAGAACUCUUCAACGAAUUUGAGAUGGCUGCCUAUCACAGCUACUGUAGUAGACUGCCGGUAGCUGAUCAUCUCCUCACAUUGGUCAAAGUUAACGUAUACCGUGCCUUCUUCGAAAACCUCGCCGCCUUGGGCAUGGAUGGCGGCUGGAUGAAGGCUGAUACCAUUUCCCCAUUUUGCAUGUCACGGCCCAAUGCGCUUGUUUCGACGCCGCCGCCAACCCACCUACGCCCAACUGCAGUUCAACUACAAAUACCUCAUCAUCCGUGGUUGGAUUUCUUUCCUCACCCAAAAAUGCGCGAUCAACUCAUCUUGGCGGGUGAUUUUGACGAUGAUGAACUGUGCGUUGAUAUCAUGGGGUUCUGGAACACUAAUCACCCGGAUGCUGGGUUAGCUGUUUGGGGCCCGCCUUGGAUACUACACAAUUGGGAGCUAACGGAAGGCUUCAUCCAUAAAUGGGGAUGGAUGCUCCAGGACUGCCCAGAGCUUGCGAGAUCGACCAAUCAUUGGCGUGCUCUCCGUGGCGAGAAAAGUAUACAGUUUGUGUGCUGAUUUGGUCACUGAUGGCCAGAUCCUCACCAGAAAGCUCCCUUCAGUGUCAGGUUAUGUGCAAUGAACCUUCAUAUCCAAUGUUAUCGUUGAGUAG